GGGAGAUAAAAAAAUGGAACACGAUAGGGUUUUAGAGCUAGCCAUGCGUUCGGCCGACGCGAGGACUUGACUAGGGUUGGAGAGUACAAGUGCUGCAGCCAUAACUCAGGCACCACCACGUCCGCUGUCGCUUAGUACAAAAUCCUAGAAAUUUCCAUUUUCUCUCAGUGAAACAAUGCCGCCCAAAGCUUCGAAGUCGAAGGAAGCACCAGUAGAGAGGCCCAUCCUUGGCCGAUUCUCAUCUCACCUCAAGAUUGGGAUUGUUGGAUUACCUAAUGUUGGAAAAUCGACCCUGUUCAACACACUUACAAAGCUCUCAAUACCUGCUGAAAACUUCCCUUUCUGUACCAUUGAGCCAAAUGAGGCGCGGGUAUACAUCCCAGAUGAGCGUUUUGAAUGGCUUUGCCAAUUGUAUAAGCCCAAAAGCGAGGUUUCAGCAUUUUUAGAAAUCCAUGAUAUAGCUGGAUUGGUGAGAGGUGCUCAUGAAGGACAAGGGUUGGGCAAUAGUUUCUUAUCUCACAUACGUGCAGUUGAUGGCAUCUUCCAUGUUUUACGUGCCUUUGAAGAUCCAGAUAUUAUCCACGUAGAUGACUCUGUAGAUCCUGUGAGGGAUCUAGAGGUUAUUAGUGCAGAAUUGCGACUAAAGGAUCUUGAGUUUAUGGAAAAGAGGAUAGAAGAUCUUGAAAAGAGCAUGAAGAGGAGCAAUGACAAGCAGUUAAAAAUAGAGCAUGAUCUCUGUGACAAGGUCAAGGCAUGGCUUGAGGAUGGAAAAGAUGUCCGUCUUGGGGAAUGGAAAGCUGCUGAUAUUGAGAUUUUAAAUACUUUUCAAUUGCUUACUGCGAAGCCUGUUGUUUACUUGGUUAACAUGAAUGAGAAAGAUUACCAAAGAAAAAAGAACAAAUUCUUGCCAAAGAUUCAUGCUUGGGUGCAGGAACAUGGAGGUGAACCGAUUAUUCCUUUCAGCUGUGUGUUAGAGAGAAAUCUUGCUGACUUGCCAGCAGACGAAGCCACAAAAUAUUGUGAGGAGAACAACUUACAAAGUGCCCUUCCAAAGAUCAUAAAGACUGGUUUUUCUGCAAUCAAUUUGAUAUACUUCUUCACAGCAGGAGCUGAUGAGGUGAAAUGCUGGCAAAUUAGACGGCAGACAAAGGCUCCUCAAGCUGCAGGGACCAUCCAUACUGACUUUGAGAGAGGAUUCAUUUGUGCCGAGGUAAUGAAAUUUGAUGAUCUAAAGGAGCUUGGUAGCGAGUCAGCUGUGAAGGCGGCCGGGAAAUAUAGACAGGAGGGAAAAACUUAUGUGGUUCAGGAUGCAGACGUAAUAUUUUUCAAAUUCAAUGUUUCCGGAGGUGGGAAAAAGUGAAAUGAUAUAUUUUUAAUUGGCCGUUUAAUUACUCUGGUGAGUUGGAUAUUUUCUUGAGUUUAUAUUUAUAAACAUUUUAUCACCUAUCACCCAAGAGGUGAUAAAAAGAAGUACGAACUACUUGUAUUCCUUGGUGCAGUUUGUGGAAGCACAUGUUUGUUAAACUUAAAUCUAAUGAUCUCAGUACAUAGAGAAAUUUUUUCGAUAGUUGAUAGUUAUUUGAACCAA